AUGGUGCGCGAGCGCAGUGCGCGCGCUGCUGAGAGCCACAUGCACGCCCGCUACGCCCGCGCCGCGUCCACCGACGCCUACCUUACGGAGAAGACGAAGAAGUUCGCCGUCGAUGGCACCGCGCUCCCGAACGUCACCUUUGAUAUCGGCGAGUCCUACUCGGGCCUGUUGCCCGUUGACGACUCUAGCGACAGGGAGCUGUUCUUCUGGUUCGUGCCGUCGACGAACAAGGCGGCUGACGACGAGAUUGUCAUCUGGCUUAACGGUGGGCCGGGCUGCUCGUCUAUGGAUGGACUCUUCCAUGAGAACGGCCCCGUGACGUGGAUGACUGGUACAUUCUUGCCUGUCAAGAACAUGUACUCUUGGACCAACUUGACCAACGUUGUUUGGAUCGAGCAGCCCGUCGGCACUGGCUACAGCCAGGGCACCAUGAACGCCACCAGCGAGAAGGACGUUUCGGACCAGUUCAUGGGCUUCUGGCGCAAUUUCAUGGACACUUUCGACCUGAAAGGCCGCAAGGUGUACAUUACUGGCGAAAGCUAUGCUGGCAUGUACGUGCCCUAUAUUGCUGACGCCAUGAUCGCCCAAAACAACACGGACUAUUUCGACGUCGAGGGUAUCAUGAUCUACGACCCAUCGAUAGGCUACGACUCGAUCACGGAGCAAGUGCCCACGCUCGCCUUCGUCGAGAACAACAAAGCCUUGUUCCCCUUCAACGAGACCUUCUGGGAGUACAUCCGCAACAUCUCGUCGUCGUGCGGGUACGACGACUUCCUGGCCGAAGGACUGACGUUCCCGCCCAAGGGCCCGCUGGCCUCGCCGCCCGGCACCUACGCCAACAACACCAUCAAGCCCGAAUGCGACAUCUUCAACCAGGUCUUCGACGCGAUUCUGAAAAUCAACCCGUGCUUUGACAUCUACCAAGUGGGGCAGCUAUGCCCGCUGCUGUGGGACACGCUCGGCUUCCCCUACUCGGACAUGUACCUCCCGGACGGCUACGACAUCCCGUACUUCAACCGCGCAGACGUCAAGAAAGCGCUGCACGCGCCCCCGGACGCCGAAUGGGCCAUGUGCACCGAAGGCAACGUGUUCGUCGGCGGCGACAGCGACACGAGCCCCCCGUCGGGCCUGACCGGCGGCCCGCUCGCGCGCGUCGCCGAAGCCACCAACAACGUCAUCGUCGGCCACGGCACCCUCGACAUGGUGCUCAUCCUCAACGGCACGCUGCUGACGCUGCAGAACCUGACGUGGGGCGGGGCGCAGGGGUUCAGCACGCCGCCGUCCGAGCCCUUCUACGUCCCUUACCACGCCGAGGCGUCCAUGGCCUCCAUGGCUGGCGCCGGCGUCUUCGGCUCUUGGGUCUCUGAGCGCGGCAUCACGUUCGUCUCGGUCGAUUUGGCCGGCCAUAUGAUCCCCCAGUACCAGCCUGGCGCUGCGUAUCGCCAUCUCGAGGUCUUGCUCGGCAGGGUCGCAAAUAUGAGCGAGGUCAGCGCGUUUACGACCCAGAGGGGCUACCCGCAGCCGGGGGAUGCGUUGGGGAAGGGCAUUUCGCCCGUGCAGGUUGCGUUGGGGGAGUAA